GAACAUCCCUGAGAAUUCCAUUAGAAUUUAUCUUAGCAAUCCAAUAGAUGAAAUAGCAAUCUUUGCUUAACCAGAAGUACUUAUCAGUAAUAAGCUUAGAGUAAAUAGAGGCUAUUUUUACUUAUAAAUAGCAACGAAUCAGAGGAACUGGUACCCAUUAUCUACUUCCUUACCCAGAAACAAACACAAACACAAUGGCUUGCCACAAAGUAGCAGCUGCUCCCUUUCAACUUCUUUCUCUUGUUAGUUUCCUUCUUUUCUUAAAUCCAUGUUCUUCUAUUUUCCUUGAAGCCACAACAAUAUUUGCCAACUCCAAUACUGUCAAUGAUGAGAGGUCCAAUGUGGCUUGCAUUGAGGAAGAGAGGAAGGCCCUCCUUGAAUUCAAGCAAGGUCUUCAAGAUCCUUUGCCUGCGCUUCAUUCUUGGGUUGGCAAAGACUGCUGCAACUGGCAUGGCAUAGUCUGCAACAACCAAACAGGAAAGAUACCAGAGGGUAUCGGAAGCUUACAUAAGUUAGAAGCACUUGACCUCUCUGGUAACCAUCUUUGGGGUUUAAUUCCUUCAAGCAUGACCUCUAUGACUGCACUAAGCAAAUUGAAUUUGUCAUUCAACAACUUCUCUGGGCCAAUCCCAUCAGCCAACCAAUUCCUCACCUUCAAUGACCCAACCUCAUUUGAAGGAAACUCAGGACUUUGCGGACCUCCAUUGCCAACACAAUGCAGUUCAGUUAAUGAUCCAGCUGUGAAGGUUGACGAAGAUGAAGAAGAUAAGUAUGGAAAAUUAUGGUUCUAUGCAAGCACAUCAUUGGGGUUCAUUGUAGGAUUUUGGGUUGCUUUUGGAAGUUUGGUGAUAAAGAGGUCAUGGAGACAUGCUUACUUCCAGUUUCUUGACAAUAUGAAAGACAAGCUUUGCUUCUGUUUUUGGAAGUGACUCGUUUAUUGAGGAGUUUAAGGGCUUGGAAGAUGGUUGAUUGAACUGAAAAAUGUAUAAUAAUUUGUAAUUUAUAUUUAUUGUGUUUUUUUAGUUACUGGAAAUGUGGAUAGACUGGGUAUAUAGACCUGCAUCUAUCUGAAAUAUGAUCAUUAUAUAAGUAGAAGUGUUUGUUUGCACCUUGCCAAAAAAA